UAUACUGAACUAUUAUGAUCCAUCGUCAAAUUAUUACUUUUAACAAGAGAAUGGUGAAAAUAACUCAUGCAUUGUUCUUUGUUCUGUGUUUGAUGACUAGCAGUAUUGGCCACAUGGUUGAUGGUAGGCAUAGUUCGUUGAAUGAAGAUUUCGAGAGACAACUUAACCUUAUUAACAGGUCUCAUGUCAAGAGUAUCCAGACAAAGUCAGGGUAUAUAGUUGAUUGUGUUGAUAUUCACAAACAACCAGCUUUUGAUCAUCUUUUACUAAAAAAUCAUAAGUUACAGAGAAAACCAACUUUUGAAAGAAAAAUUAAUGAAACAAGUGCAGCGACUUCACCAACUAAACAUGCAUACGGGUUUGAGAAGGUUAGAUGUCCAAAAGGAACUGUCCCUAUUCGGAGGAUAAUCAAAGAUGAUCUCAUUCGAGGAAAAUCUUUAUUCAAUGAACAUAGCCUAAAUGAAAAUGACGGCGCUAUCAGUCAUUAUGCUAAUGUGUUUCUUAAUAGUAAGGGUGGUCCUUACUAUGGAGUCGGAGGAACUACUAGUGUUUAUAAUCCAGAAGUUGUUAAGGGUCAAUCAAGUGCAGGUCAUGUGUUUGUUCAAAAUGGAGAAGGAGAUGGUACUAAUAAAAUCGUUGUUGGAUGGCAUGUAUCUCCACUAUUAUACAAUGACGGGGGAACUUAUAUCUACUCAGUAUGGACGCCAGAUAAUUUCAAGACCGGAUGCUACAACAUGUUGUGCCCCGGCUUCAUUCAGACAGACCAAUCAUAUUACCCCGGUAUGGAUGUAGGUGAAACAUCUACCUAUGGUGGAGUGAUGAUCGAGCUGCCAAUUUCUCUUCAUCAGGAUGAAAAGGGAAAUUGGUGGUUACAUGUGGUAGACAAGGAUAUUGGAUAUUUUCCAGCGGCUUUAUUUUCUAAAGUGGGAUGGGGUGGGUUCACAGUAACACCUACAAAUGCUCUCAGUCCUCCAAUGGGAUCAGGACACUUUCCUAAUUAAUGAUGAUUUCAUUUAUGGAUGCUAUUUUAUUCAUGUUACAUUUCAGAAUGAAUCUAGAAAAGAUUAUGGACCUGUUGAAGACUACGUAGAAGAAUACAACGAUGCUGGCACUGUUUGCUAUGGUGUUGAAUAUUAUGGUGAUCAAAGUGGAAAUGUUGGGUAUUCUCUUCAAUUUGGAGGACCUGGUGGUUAUUGUGAGAAUUAUUAAUUUUAGUGAACAUCAUUUGUUUAUUACAUAAUAAUAAUAAUAAAU